CCGGAAGACUUGGAAGUAGAGAGGAGUCGGCGCAGAAUGGCAUUGUUGUGCUGAGGAGCGAGGAUUCCCGUUCUCCCCUUGAAGCCCCGGUCACAGGCAGCUAGUGAUGGGGCGGUGUGAAUCCCGGAUGUAGGACAGGCCGGAGCAUAGUCUGCGUCUUCUCCCGGUGCCCUUUUGUGGCACCUGAGAUGUAGAAGGAUUCCAGAACCUCCUGCUCGUCCUUUCACCAUACCGUGAAGAUAUUUUAGGGUUGACACGAUGAAUCGCCCGAAGGCAACUGCCGUGCGUCGGCCCAGCGCUGCAGGGAAAUCCUCAGGUCAUCCUCCUCCAGGGGAUUUCAUUGCUUUAGGCAACAAGGGGCAAGCCAGUGACUCCAAAGCCCCCACCAAUCUUCUUAAGCCACCCGCUCCUGGAUUGACCUCUGAAAGGAAGCGUGAGGCCUCAUCUGCCUUAGCCAGCACUUCGGCGCUGACUCAACUCACAAAACGCCCUAAGCUUUCUUCCACCCCCCCUCUGAGUGCAUUGGGACGACUGGCUGAAGCUGCCGUAGCUGAGAAGAGGGCCAUCUCUCCAUCCAUCAAGGAGCCGUCUGUUGUCCCAAUUGAAGUUGCCCCGGCUUCACUGCUGGAUGACGUUGAAGCUUCGGAGCAAGAUGGAAACGAUGACAGAAUUGAAGGAGUGCUCUGUGGAGCCGUAAAGCAGAUGAAGAUGAACCGUGCAAAGCCCGACCCCACGUUGUACCUGAGUCUGAUGUUUUUGGCAAAAAUGAAACCGAACAUCUUUGCAACCGAGGGUGUCAUUGAGGCCCUGUGCAGCUUGCUGCGAAGAGACGCCUCCAUAAAUUUUAAAGCCAAAGGAAACAGCCUGGUGUCCGUGUUAGCCUGCAACCUGCUUAUGGCAGCUUAUGAAGAGGAUGAAAACUGGCCAGAAAUCUUUGUUAAGGUGUAUAUCGAGGACUCUUUAGGAGAGAGGAUUUGGGUGGACAGCCCUCAUUGUAAAACCUUUGUUGAUAACAUCCAGACUGCGUUCUGCACAAAAAUGCCCCCAAAAAACAUGGCACUACAAGGAGAAGCUGGUCGUGUAGCCGGGGACCUGAGCGCUGGCAACAGUCCUCACCCGUCUAUGGCAGAGGAGGAGGACAGUCAAUCAGAGCUGCUCAUCGCAGAGGAAAAAAUGAGCCCAGAGCAAGAGGGACAGUUAAUGCCUCGGUAUGAAGAGUUGGCAGAGGGUGUGGAGGAGUAUGUCCUAGAUAUGCUAAGAGAUCAGCUCAAUCGCCGACAGCCCAUGGAUAAUGUCUCUAGAAAUCUCCUCCGCCUGCUCACUGCUACUUGUGGAUAUAAAGAGGUGCGACUAAUGGCGGUGCAAAGACUGGAGAUGUGGCUGCAGAACCCAAAGCUGACUCGGCCUGCCCAGGACCUGCUGAUGUCCGUCUGCAUGAACUGUAACACACAUGGCUCCGAGGACAUGGAAGUCAUUUCUAACCUGAUCAAAAUCCGACUUAAGCCCAAGGUUCUCCUCAAUCAUUACAUGCUGUCUGUGCGGGAGCUUCUGAACGCUCACAGAGACAAUCUCGGAACAAUGGUGAAGUUUGUGAUUUUUAACGAACUCUCGAAUGCCAGAAACCCAAACAACAUGCAAAUCUUGUACACUGUGCUGCAGCACAGCUCCGAGCAGGCACCAAAGUUUUUAGCUAUGGUUUUCCAAGACUUGCUCACCAAUAAAGAGGACUAUCUCCGGGCCUCACGUGCCCUGCUUCGAGAGAUAAUCAAGCAGACGAAACACGAGAUCAAUUUCCAAGCCUUCUGCCUGGGACUCAUGCAAGAGAGGAAGGAGGCUCUGUACACGGAAAUGGAGUUUAAGGAACGCUUUGUGAGCCAUAUAACUGAUCUGCUCGCGGUGUCCAUGAUGUUGGGGAUUACCGUUCAGGUCAAAGAAGCCGGUGUAGCAUGGGACAAAGGAGAGAAAAAGAGUUUGGAGGUCCUACGUUCAUUUCAGAACCAGAUUGCAGCAAUUCAGCGGGAUUCAGUGUGGUGGCUUCACACAGUGGUGCCGUCUAUCAGCAAGCUCUCUCCUAAAGAAUACGUGCACUGCUUGCACAAAGUUCUGUUCACUGAACAACCGGAAACUUACUACAAAUGGGACAACUGGCCACCAGAAAGUGACCGCAACUUCUUCCUUCGUCUCUGCUCUGAAGUGCCCCUGUUAGAAGACACCUUGAUGCGUAUCCUGGUCAUCGGUCUGUCACGUGAUCUCCCUCUUGGUCCAGCUGACGCCAUGGAGCUUGCUGAUCACCUGGUGAAAAGGGCAGCAGCUGUGCAGGCCAAUGACUUUGACGUCCUCAAAAUAGAAAGGAUUCAGCUCCUUGAUGCCGUAUUAAAUCUCUGCACCUACCACCAUCCAGAAAACAUCCAGCUUCCUCAAGGGUAUCAACCUCCUAAUUUAGCCAUUUCAACACUGUACUGGAAGGCCUGGCCACUUUUGCUUGUUGUUGCUGCCUUUAACCCUGACAAUAUUGGCUUGGCGGCAUGGGAUGAAUAUCCAACUUUAAAGAUGCUUAUGGAGAUGGUUAUGACAAACAAUUACUCUUUUCCACCGUGCACCGUCACAGAUGAAGAAACCAGGACGGAGAUCAUAAACCGAGAACUUCAAAUUUCUCAAAGGGAGAGGCAGGAAAUUCUGGCCUUUGAGAGUCACCUGGCAGCGGCUUCCACCAAGCAAACCAUAACCGAGAGUAACAGUCUGCUCCUGUCACAGCUAACCAGCUUGGAUCCACAAGGGCCGCCGCGUCGGCCACCCCCUAGUGCCAUCGAGCAGCUCAAAUCCUUGAACCAGUCAUUACGCCUCGGUCACUUGCUUUGUCGUAGCCGCAAUCCUGACUUUCUUCUGAAUAUCAUCCAAAGACAGGCAUCAUCGCAGUCUAUGCCCUGGUUGGCAGAUUUGGUGCAGUCUAGUGAAGGGUCCUUGGAUGUGCUGCCUGUACAGUGCCUCUGUGAAUUCCUCUUACACGAUGCUGCUGAUGAACAGGGGGAAGACGAUGAAGAGAAUGAGAGCAAAGAACAGAGAGCCAAGAAACAACAGAGGCAGCAGAAACAGAGGCAGCUCCUUAGCCGGCUUCAGGAUUUGCUUCUCGGACCAAAAGCUGAUGAGCAAACGACAUGUGAAGUGUUAGAUUAUUUCCUGCGACGCCUCAGCUCCCCGCAGGUCUCUUCACGCGUCCUGGCUAUGAAGGGUCUGUCCAUGGUGCUAACAUCCAGAGAUCUUCAGGACGGAGAGGAGAAGGAUCAGUCAAUGGAUGAUGUUUCUUCUGACUCUGAGCUGAUUCCUGGGUAUCAGUGGCUGCUUAGAGACUUACCUAAACUGCCGCUGUUUGGCAGUGUCAAGGGAACUACAGCUGUGGCAUUACAGCAGGCUAUCCAUAUGGAGACUGACCUAAGAACCAUCAGCGCUUAUCUUGUCUACCUCUCCCAGUAUGCACCAGUUGAAGAUCAAGGACAACAUAAUGAACUUGCACUGGAUGUGGCUCGUCUGACAGUGGAACGCUCCACAAUAAUGGGUCACCUUUUCUCCAAGCUGUCUUACUGCCCAGAAUCCAAUGCUGUUCUGUCCGCCCUCCUUUCCAUUUUCUCACGCUACGUCAAACGUAUGCGAAAAAGCAAAGAAGGAGAUGAAGUGUAUAGCUGGUCUGAAUCACAGGAUCAGGUUUUCUUACGUUGGAUCACUGGGGAGACUGCUACAAUGCAUAUUCUGGUUGUCCACGCCAUGGUCAUUCUGCUGACCCUCGGCCCUCCUCGUGGCCCUAGUGACUUCUUUGCCUUGUUGGACAUUUGGUUUCCUGAGAAGAAACCUCUCCCUACAGCAUUCUUGGUGGACACUUCAGAAGAAGCGUUAUUGCUUCCUGACUGGCUAAAACUCCGGAUGAUUCGUUCAGAGGUUCCUCGUCUUGUGGAUGCCGCAUUGCAGGAUUUGGAGCCGCAGCAGUUGUUGCUUUUCGUCCAGUCUUUUGGUAUCCCGGUGUCCAGUAUGAGCAAGCUCCUGCAGUAUCUGGACCAGGCGGUGUCCCAUGAACCUCAGUCGCUGGAGCAGAACAUCAUGGAUAAGAAUUACAUGGCGCAUUUGGUGGAGGUUCAGCAUGAGAGAGGUGCAACUGGGGGGCAAACUUUUCAUAGUCUGCUGACUGCUUCAAUACCACCUAGAAGAGAUAGCGCAGACGUAAUAAAACGUAAACCCAGCACUGAAGUCCCUCAAGGACAGGUGCGACCCAGAGGUCUCACACAGAUCCCCGUGCUCGGACCAGAAGAUGACUUAGCCGGAAUGUUUCUGCAGCUUUUUCCUCUUAAUCCGGACCCAAGAUGGCAGAACUCCAAUCCAAGGCCUAUAUCCCUUGCUCUGCAGCAAGCGCUAGGUCAGGAGCUGGCUCGUAUCCGGCAGGGCAUCACUCAGCUGUCCGGUAUUGCCGUGCGUUUGCUGCAGGCUGUGGCAGCCCUGCUCAGCUCUCCUCACAGCGGUGCCCUGGUUUUGGCUAUGCACAGGAAUCAUUUCAUCUCUUGCCCACUUAUGAGGCAACUCUUUCAAUAUCAGCGCUGUGUGCCCCAGGAUACGGCCUUCUCGUCGCUCUUCUUUAAAGUGCUCAUGCAGAUGUUGCAGUGGCUGGACAGUCCUGGUGUGGAAGACGGGCCCCUAAAGGCUCAGCUCAAGUCAUUCGCUACACAGUAUUCGUCAAAGCACCGCAUCAGCGACGUGCGCGGCGGGUUUUUGCAUUUGGCAGAAGCAUUGGCAUUUUGUCGGGAACCAGACGUGAUCAAUUCCACCGUAUGUGCCAUCAUUACUACCCUGAAAUCUGGAGAUAAAUGCAACGUGGAACCUGAGCUGAUCGGCAAAGUUCUCCAGGGACUGAUCGAAGCAAAAUCUCCCUAUUUGGAAGAGUUUCUGUCCGUCCUGCUGUCAGUAACAAUAGAAACCACAUCGCGGUUCACUGCCACCGGCCCCGUAGCUGUGGUGAGCUCUCUACUACUGCAGGAGCAGGAAGAGACACCAGGAAAGAAGGGAAGUGAAAACUGCAGCUCUGAGGGAUCUCGUGCCAAACCCUCUUCUGGUCUUCUCAUUGACUGGCUGGAUCUUCUGGAUCCUGAAGUGAUCAGCAGUCGUCCUGACCUGCAGCAGCAGCUGCUAUUUUCAUGGAACAAGGUGAAGUCUCCCUCGGGCUCACAGUCUCUUUCCUUCCGACCCUACCUUCUGGCUCUUCUAACCCAUCAGUCUAACUGGAGCACUUUACACCAGUGCAUUAGCAUCCUGCUGAGCAAGCAUCGAGAACAGAGGUUUGAUCCAUCUGCCUCUCUGGACUUCCUAUGGGCUUGUGUUCAUAUCCCACGUAUAUGGCAAGGAAGAGACCAGCGCACUCCGCAGAAGGGUCGUGAGGAGUUUGUGCUGCAGCUUAAAGCCUCAGAGCUCAUUUGCCUUGUGGACCUUAUUAUAACCGAGUCAGAAACCAGGAGCCAGGGGUCCGAGGGAGCCUCCUGCCCGCUGAUCCAGUCUCGCCUGCCGCUACUAAUUAACUGUUGCCAUGGGAACCAGGAGAGCAUCAGGAAGGUUAUGGAACAUUUAACAAACUGCAUAAAACGCUGGGGAAACAGUUCUUUGGGGAAGCAUUGCCGAGACUUUCUUCUGCAGCUUUAUCUGCAGCUGCCCGAGAUGAUAACUCCAGUGCCGGAAAUCCUGCUGAACAGCGAAGGCGUCACUGACAGCAGUACCUGUAAGAUGGACGUUCUCAUACACCGCUUCAUUACACUUCUGGCCGACACCAGUGACUGCAAGGAGAGUCGAAUGUCAGAUGCCAAUAUGGCUUGUCGUAAGCUCGCUGUCGCACAUCCCAUCCUGCUGCUAAGACACUUGACGAUGAUUGCCGUUCUCCUUCACGGCCGCGUGCACCUCAAUUUCCACGAGUUUCGUCAGCAGAACCAUCUCCCCUUCUUCACUCAUGUCUUGGGCAUUCUGGAGCUUCUUCAACCCCAAGUUUUCCACAGUGAAUACCAAGAAGCCUUGUGGGACUGUCUUAUCUCCUUCAUCAAACUUUUACAGAAUUACAGAAAGUACUCCAGGCAGCUGGGCGGCUUCAUCAGUAAGUUUGUCCAGUUCAUCCACAAGUACAUCACGUGUGACGCUCAGGCAGCUGUGUCCUUCCUGCAGAAACAUUCAGACCCCCUACAUGGUUUGUCAUCGGAGAACAAUGACCUUAACACCCUCAAGUCUCUCCUGGCCGGUCUGAGCUUGCCCAGCAGAGGUGGGACUUUAGAAAAAAGUCAAGAUGAAGAGAAAGAAGAUGAACCUGCUGCAGGCUCCCUUCCCUUGGUCAGUGUGUCCAUGUUCACAGCUUUAACUGCAGCCGAGAUGGCCCCUUACCUGAAGAGAAUCUCUCGCAGCCACACAGUGGAAGACAUCCUGCAGGUCCUGAGCGACAUAGAUAAAAUGUCCAUGCGUAGGCCUGAAAUCCUCUCCUUCUUUGCUAGUGAUUUUCAGAGACUUAUGAGCUCCACAGAGGAAUCGUGUCGCAAUCAGGCCUUCGCCCUGGCCUUGCGCGCCAUUCAGUGUAAUCCCAGCAUUGCUGCAGAUUUCCUGCCCACCUUCAUGUACUGUUUGGGCAGCCGGGAUUUUGAAGUCGUCCAGACGGCGCUGCGGAAUCUGCCAGAGUACACGUUGCUCUGCCAGGAGCACGCAGCCAUUCUUCUGCACAGAGCCUUCCUGGUGGGGAUGUACGGACAGAUGGACACCAGCCCUCAGAUUUCUGAAGCUUUGAAGCUCCUGCACAUGGAGGCCAUGGUGUAAAUCCACAACUAGGACUGUUUUCAUAAUGGAAGAGGACAGCGUGACACAAAACAUCUCAUCGUCCUGUAAUUAUUUUUUAUAUUAAAAUGGUUUCGGACUUGA